CAGUGAAUCGAUCUGGUGCAGCCACAAACCAUUACACAGCAGCAGCAGCAUACAUCGUGGGAUCAAUACCGCCCAAAUGCCACGCGCGACAAUAUCUUAUUGAAUCUUGCCACAUAGCUUUAUAGUUUAUACCAUAGUAAAUAUUUUGCGUGGCGUGAUAUUGUUGCAGACCGCGCAAUAGUGGGGCUUGCGUUGGCAAAUUCAAACAUGAUGCUGAUGAUGUCCACUUCAUCAUUCCCCCCUCUGCUGAGUCUCAAAAGAAACCUCACUACUACUAACACUGCUCCCAGCCUUCACCAACCUGACAUCAGCAGAAGAAGAAGAAGGACCCCACAAAACCUAACAACUAUGGAGAUGGUUUCAUCAGAUAAUCAGGCGGUGGUGGUUACAGCAUCAGCAGAUGAUGAUGAAUCUCCAUUGGUAUCUUCUUCUUCAUCUUCGGCUUCGGAUGUUGUGAAAAAUUUCUACAGAGGGAUCAACGGCCACGACCUCGCCUCCGUGGAGGACCUCAUUGCUCACAACUGCGUGUACGAGGACCUUAUCUUUCCUCAACCCUUCGUUGGUCGCAAGGCAAUUCUUGAUUUCUUCAACAAAUUCAUUGACUCAAUCAGCUCUGAUCUGCAGUUUGUUAUCGAUGAUCUAUCUAAUGAGGAUACCUCAGCUGUUGGGGUUAAAUGGCACUUGGAAUGGAAGGGAAAGCCUUUUCCUUUUAGCAGAGGAUGCAGCUUUUAUCGGUUAAACGUGGUUAAUGGCAAGAGGCAAAUCAUUUAUGGGCGAGACUCUGUGGAACCUGCUAUCAAGCCUGGCGAGGCAGCUUUGGUUGCUAUCAGAGGUGUCACUUGGUUGCUGCAACAGUUUCCACGGCUAGCAGACUGGUUAUGAUGAAAGCAUAUAUAUAAUACAAGUUGUAAUAUGGUUGUGAUAUUUUUAUCUAUUUUAAGGUGCAUAGUGAACCUACCCAACACAAAGAAAUGAUAAAAAGAUAUUCAGAAGGCAUCAUCAAAUUUUUUUACCAUGUAUUAAAUAAAAAUGUGAUGAUGACUGUCGACUAUCUUUAUUAUGGUUUUUUGUAUACAUACCAUGCAAUUAAAUACUAGGUUUUAUGGUUAAGACGUUAUGGAUAUAUCAUAUUGUGAAUUUUUUUUUUUUUUUUUUCCCCGGAAAAUGUCUGUAACACCCUGAAUUUUCAUUUUGUACCUUAACUGCUGUUGCAAGAUUAUCAUGUGAUAUCCUAUAUUUUUCUCUUUAUUUAAUUA